GUACGGUUGUAUAGGAAAAAUACAGAAUGAUACACGUAAGUAAAAUACCGUGCUACCUGUUAUAUACUCCAAAUGAUGCGCUUUCGCGUAGAUGCACCGCGUGGAGGCGCCUCAGUAACGUUGUGCGCAAGCGUAUGGGAAUGGGAGUAUCGCCAAUCAGGGCGAAGAUGCGCACGAAUGAACGAAAACUGGUCUUUUCGCAGUUAUACUCUCUCGUGAAAGCAAGUAUAUGUAAAAAAUUCUUCCCUAAAAAUGUAGACCGUAAACAAAAAUGGUUUGAAGCAAUCGGUCAUGUUGUUAAUUAUUCAUCUGCUCGUAUUUGUAGUGAUCAUUUUUCUAAAAAUGAUUUUAAUCAUGAUAGUACAGAAAGGAAGCGUCUAUUUUCAACUGCAAUACCUAUAAGUAAAGAGAAUAGUUUAACACACAGGGAAAUAAACGAGCAGACAAAUGAAGACACAAACUGUUUAGAUCAAAACACGAAUGUUGCUGCUACUAGAAAGAGGAAAAUUAGUAAUGUGCAAAUCGGUACCUGUAAUGAAAAUGUGCAACAUAAAAAAAUUUAUUUGAAUCUUCCAAGUAAUGCAGUUGCAACAUUUACAAGAAGCAACUUUACAUCUGAUGAGGCAUGGAAUACAUUUGUCAGGUCAACAAUAUAUAGUAGGCAGAAAAGGAGAUUUAUUAUGCAAACAUGCAAACGUUUGAGGAAAAGAGUUUGCAAUUUAAGAAGCUUAUUGAAAUUUUUGGGAAAUAAGCGGUUAUUAGCAAAUAAUAGUAUAGAUGCUAUAAAAAUUAAAUAGGUCCAACUAUGGAGUCAGCAAACUUCACUGCACAGUAAAUUCUCAAAGAAAUGUCAACCACCUUCAAGGUUGGAAAAGAUAGCUUGAAUUAAUUUCUAUUACUUCAACAAAAGUACAUGAAUUUUAGAAACACCAUUAAUCCUAAGAGGGUCGGUAUUAAUUCACUACAUUUAUUCUUAAAAAUUCUAUAUAUAUAAAAUAAGUAACAAAAUUUAACUUAAAUUGUAGAAUAUAGUGCCACCGCAUGUAGAGGAAAUUAUUAGAAAAAUGAUCACGAAGAAACGAAAUGCAAGUUAUACACAAGAAUUAAAAACAUUUGCGGUUACCCUGCACUUCUAUUCUUCAGCUGCGUAUAAAUACGUUAGGUCAUCAUUUUUAAAAUAUCUACCUCACGAAACUAGUCUCCGGAGAUGGAUGAGAAAUUUUAAUAAUGAACCAGGUAUUUGUGAGCAGGCGAUAUAAGAAAUUCGUAAUCAAAUCAACCAAACCAAAAAUGGAAAUAAAGAAUUGAUUUUUACUUUAGUGUUUGACGAAAUGAGCAUCAGAAAAAAAAUAGAAUUUGUGAAUGGAGAAGCUGUUAGGCUUUGUCGAUUUAGGCAACGGAGUCACUAGCCAAACUGAAGCUAGUCAAGCUCUUGUUUUCAUGCUUGUCAAUAUAAAUGGAAAUUUUAAAAUUCCUAUUAUAUUAUACAAUAUCUAAUUUGUCAAUGUUUUCGUUUUAUGCCAACUAACAUUUUUGAAGAUGAUUCGCAUAUGCUAGAUCAUCUCCGUUAUUUCAUCAUCGCCGUCAAGUUAUUAAGUUAAUUUUAAAAAGUUUCUAGAAGUACGUUUGUAUUAUGAAAGUAAACAGUUUCAAAAUAAUGUUAAUAGGGUAAGAAUGCGUAAUAAUAAAAUAACUCUGUAACAAAGACAAUAAAUAAUGAUUAUUAUUUCGGAAAA